GGACGACCCGCACGCGGGACGAUCACUUGGGCCAGCCCCAGGCAGAUGCCAUGACGUAGGGGUCUGCAGCGCAUCGUCACUAGCCGCUUUUGCGUCACUGCUAUCGAUCUGCCCUUGCGUGACCCAUAUAUCAUCCGGCGCCUGGAAAUCUUGAUCACCAUAACCACUCAGAUUGACGAACACAACGAUCACCUCUUUUCGCAUUCGUCGAAAAACACUAUAAUCACAACCGCAAACAUGACCGACCAAAACAAGAACCAGAACCAGAAGAGCUACAAGGAGGCUGCGGGAGAGUUCUACAACCGCCAAUAUGAGUCGUGGAUGCCCUGGAUAGAGGACAAGUACCUCAGCUGGUUCACAAAGGACAACAAGGCGUCUUAUGCGACAAAACAGGAGCUAGACAAGACUAAGAUCACGGGUAACGAACAAAUCGACAACCUCCAGGACGGGGUCAACAACCUCGUCGGCGGACAGCUCGGUAAGGGCGGUCUCGCGCAGCCAGUUGGCGAUGCGUUCUCCAAGGAGGGCGUCAACCGAAUGGAGCGAGGUGGAAAGGACGAGAACGGCAGCUACGGAGGCCCGCUCGGAGGAUAUGGACAGGCUGCAGCCGACGGCGCGAAGGGUGCGGGCGAGGGUCUCGCUGGAGGCGUAACCAGUGGAGUGAAGAGUGUGGGUGGUCUGCUUGGAGGCGGAAAGGGAGAGAAGAAGUAAAUGAUUCACGUUGGUGUGGGGUCAGUGGAAGGUUCCUGUUCCACGAGGGUCGGGACAUGCAUGAUACCAAGUUUACGACUUUCUUUCUCUUUGGAUUAGACUGGAGUUGAGUAAUGUAAUGCGCAAAUGGAAUGAG